CUGCAUGGCCUCAAGAGCGAUCCAUGCAGAUCUGGUUGAGGACCUAUCGACUGAGGGCUUUCUCAGAACCUAUCAGCGUUUCACAGCCCUGAGAGGUCAUCCCAGAAAGCUCUGGUCCGACCAGGGGACCAAUUUCGUGGGGGCCAAACCUGCGCUGGAAGAUCUGUACAGUUUCCUGGCAGAGAUCGACAAAAAGGAAGUCCAAAGGAGAGCAGUUGUGGCUGGGACUGACUGGGUGUGGGAGUUUAGUCCGGCAGACUCACCACAUCGGAAUGGGGCGGCAGAGGCAGCUGUCCGUGUGUUAAAGAGGUCCUUGAGCAGUAUUGGCGAAGGAGGCGACUUGACAACCCUGGAGUUCCAGACCCUCUUGUACCUGGCCGCCAAUCUUUCCAAUGAGAGGCCGAUCGGAGCCAGGGCUCAGGUUCAGGAGGAUAUAGUGGACGUUGUAACUCCAAAUUCCCUGCUGUUGGGUCGGGCAGGGCCCAGAGGUGACACCCAGGGGUUUGAAUUCCCUACCUACCCAUUCAGUCGUCUGCGAGCGGUCCAAGUGGAGGUGGAUAAGUUUUGGAGGCGUUGGAGCCAAUUGGCGGGACCUCACCUGUACGUUCGACAAAAGUGGCAUGCUCCAGCCAGGAAUGUCUCUGUUGGAGAUCUGGUAUGGGUGGCGGACCAAGACGCCCUCCGGGGGCGAUUCAGGCUGGGUCGUGUGGAGGAGUCAUGUCCAGAUGAUAAGGGUGUCGUCCGAGACGUCAAAGUGAGGGUUUGCCAUAGUCUUCCCAUCGGCCAGUCCCCAGCAAGGGAGGACAAGGAACCGUGUCCUACCACCAUCCUACACAGGGACGUCAGGAGGCUGGUGGUGUUGCUGCCGGUGGAGGAACAGGAGGGGGUUUAUUUGCUCCUCUGAAUGCCUAAGUGCUGAACCUAUGGACACGUGAAUGCAGGACUCAGUCCAAAACCCUGUGUUGAGCAGUUAUUCUGUGUCUCUGUUUAUGACCCUAAAGGUUUUGCAUGUUCUGUGCACUGUAUUGUUGUAAUAAUAAUAGGUAUUGUGGCCUACUUAGUCAGUGACACGUAGCCCAAGUGGGAGGUGUGGAGUUUACCCGCACUCGGUGUAAUGUAUAGCGGCACCUAGUGGUUGCAGUUCUAACUGUUGAUGUGUUUGGGCGGAUGCUUUUACCUGCCGGAUUUACUUUUUAUGGAUGUUGUUUUAACUGGUGAAGCUGAGCUGUUGAUUACCUGGCAAUCGACACGUUUACUACGAAAUGCUAAUUAGCAUGUCUGUAUGAUGUAGCCAUACUCGUGCUAUUAAACACAUGAAAAGUAAUCGGACGUCGGCCUGAGUGUUGCACUGUUUCACAGUUAAAACCCCCCUUUCGGAGGGAAGUAUUAGACUAA